CACAUAUGUCUCACAUUGCACUAGCAACUGAGGAGCCGUUGCAAAGAAAAAGUAACAAUCCUUUAACCUUGAACCUGGUACGAAUCCAGACCAGGACGAGAAAACCAAGCACUUAAUUUCCUUCCUUAUUCCUUUAUUUACAAGGUCAUCAUUGCCAUGAUGGAGGUCCUUUGCAGCGCACACAGUCUUUAUCAUGGGUUAUAGGCUUGAGAUAUUCUCAUCAAAAUCAAAUUGAAAGUACAUUUCAUUUAUCAGGUCUUUAAUGGUUAAUUGUGUAUACAUAAAUCUCCUUUGAAAGAGAAAAUCAUUUAUCAGGUCUUUAAUGGUUAAUUGUGUAUACAUAAAUCUCCUUUGAAAGAGAAAAUAAUGGCCUAUUCAAAAAGUACAUACUUAGGGGAGGAGAGACUUUACUAUUUUAGUGGGAAAGUAAGAGCAUUUUGGAAGGACAAAGUUUUUUUCUUGGAUCAGAAAAAUGCUGCUAUUGUUGGCUUUGAGAAAUUGUAUAUUAAUGGACAUAGAGCAUCACAGACAGAUUUGCAUACUUUGCAUGCAGUGGUUGAAGACAGUGAUUGGAACACGUCUCCAGAUCUUUAUUCUUAUGUUGUGAAAUAUAGUUCUAAUGAAGUUCAUCCAUGGCCUUAUAAAUUGAAAGGGAAAGUACUUUGGUUUGCAUAUUUUGCAUGGAUAGGAACAAUACCAAAAGCUGUUGAACAACAGCUUGAGAGGUAUAAUGUUGUGUAUAUGCCUGUUUCUUAUUACACUGGGAAGUUGACUAGUGUAUUUGCUAAUAAGCUUUUACUAUUUGGUGAUUCUCGAAAUAGUGUAAUGGUACAGAGCAGAGAUUUGUCUUUUUAUGGGCAAAAUGUUGAUUGCAGAGAAGCUUUGCUGAAUGUGGAGCAUCAUGCUCCCCUUAUUCAUGCAUUUAUUAUUAGCUUACAGUUUCUUACAAAUGAGAAUUUUGAAGGACCAAAACCCCACAUACCCACUUGUCCUGUUGAUAAAAAUAGUUCAACCACGUGGCUAGCAAAAUUUGCUUGGGUAGGGGAAAUGCCUUAUGAAUAUAAGCAGCUACUAAAAAGAUUCCAGAUCAUUGAGAUCAAUGAAUGGAAUUCUUUAUGCCAAAUUGGAGGGAACGUACAGUAUCCCUUAAGCAGUCCUGAGAAUUGUUCACAGGGAACUUUAUUUUCUGUUCCUGAAGGUGCUAAAGGGAAUAGGAAUAGGACUAGAACUGUUGCUGAGCCAUUACUUGUUUCAACACAAAAAGGGCCUGCAAUUGUUAAGGGUUUAUUAUUAGCAGCCAGCAAUGAUUAUGGCCUCAUCAACAGUUCUUUAGAUGUUGUUAUUUUCAGUGUAGAAAAUUUUUACGUUGAUGGGGAGAUAUACAGGGAUGGAAAGCCUCUAGAUGAAUUCUUUCAUGACAGAAGUGUCUCAUUAACAGUAUGGAAAGUGCCCCUUAAGGAGCCUGUCCUAGUUUUUGAUAUCUAUGUGAUGUGGAGAGCAGUAUGUGUAUGGUUUGGUAUUCCACCAAAAAAUAUGGAAGCUAUUAAGAAGUGUUAUUAUAAUGGAACCAUCAGUGGGUCAGUGCCUCAAGCUCUUAACACAACCAGUGAUAAAAGGUAUACUCUGGUUUUGGGCAGAAUAACCAGUAUAUCAUAUAACUAUGGUUAUGCUAUAGCUGAAGUAGGGAAUACCACCAUAGAUAUCUCAUUUAAACGAAAAGCAUUAUACAUGAAAGGAUAUAAACUGCAUUCUAAAUGUAAUUUGCUUGAAAUAAAGGGAGAUCUUGAGGCUAGCAUUUGGAGCAUGUUAGUAUAUCCUGUAAAUAACGACAGUGAAGUCAUGUACGCUGCUCUAGCACUUUGGGAGGAAACAUACCAACAUUAUGUUUCUUCUGACUUAUUAUACAGAAUACUUCUUGAGGGACGUAAUGUUGCGCCAGAAGAUUUUCAUGCCCCUGAAGUUGCUGAAUCAUCUGAUAAGUCAGAGGAUGAUAAGAUAGGUCUCCACAUGACUGGCAUGAUAGUUAAAACUACUCCUGAAUAUGGCAUAAUAGAGACUAAGAGUAUUACAAUUGAGCCCUCUUAUGUUUUCUUUUCACGAGCAAAUUUUUUUAUUGAUGGGACUGUUCCUGACGUCCAUCAAAUGUUACAUCAGGUAGACAAGAAGCGUCAAGUUAACCUGUAUGCUCGUUCUACAAAGUAUCAAAUAAUCAAUGGUUACCCUGUCACAAUGCAAGCUACUUUAGCAUGGAUGGGGAAAAAGUCCUCAGAAAGUAAAAGACUUUCCUCAAAAAUGCCAGUCGAGUUACCUGUUGGAGGCAAGUCAGCCAUUGAGCACAAUGAAGUUAAUUUAAUUAACACUAAAGCUAAUUUAUCCUCUCAAGAAGGCAGUGUCAAGAAGGCCUUAAAAUUGAUCAAGACUAAUAGUCCUGUUAUGGAACAUAGACGGGGGCGUUUUGCUCAGUUACAAAAUAGGUAUGGUGUCAUUCAAUGUGGCUUUGAAGGAAAAGGUUGUAGUACUUACGUACUGUUUGACUUUUCGGUGGUAUGGAUUGAUGGUGAUCGUGUAGAACUCCAUGAAAGCCUUGAUGACAGCAUUAUUGAGGAUGAAGUACAAUGUAAUUUGCUUGCAUAUGAAAUAUCUGCGGUCAAAGUUGGGUCAUUCCAGGUGAAUAUGCAAGCCUCAGCUGUUUGGCUUGGGAAAAAGCCAAGUCAUAUAGCUCUUCCUGAAGUUCAGUCUCCAUUGAAAGCUAUGGAAGCAAUAGUUCAGCAAGAUAAAGGCAAACCAGAAGUAAAACGAAAGCCAAUGAAGAAAUACUUAAUAAAGAAACAGGGAAAUGAAUGUAAAAACAUUUCAAAAAAAUUAUCUAAUGUUAAAUUGACAAAUAAGAAAGGACUGGUUCCUGUUUCCUUGGAAGAUAUUGCGGAUAGCCUUGAUAAACCCCACGUUGGGAAACAUGUCACUGGCCGUAUUCUUAAGUUAAUGAAAGGCUGUGGCAUAGCUAUGUGGAGCUGUGCAGCAAAGGAAGGUGAGGUAUAUAUGUUUUUCUUUAAGAAAAAUGUAUAUGUUAAUUUGUGCCCUAUGGAUGAAAGUUACAAAGUUGACAAAAGUAAAAUAUUCAACUUUUAUGUUCUUCCAGUUUUACAUAAAACUCUAGGAGUUUACAGAAUUAGCCUAUAUGCAACCUGUGGCUGGAAAGGAAGUAAACCUCAUGAUAUUCCAGUGCCAGGUGAACAGGAUCAUGCUCGGAUUACUUUAGAUAAUGUUUAUGCACUUGAGGUUAAGAUGGGAAGGACUGUACCGGCAUACAUAGUCAAGUUGAAGGGAAAUAAAGGGAUUGCAAGGUGGCGUUCCCAGCCCCAUGGAGGAGAUAUAUUCAUUGAAUUUAAUAAAAGCAUAACCUGUGAUAAUAUUAAGACAUUCUUUGACAAGGGUCUUGAGGAUGAGGAGAACCCUCGACCAUGUCUCUUUCAUGUCAGGCCAAUUGAACACAAGGAGAUAGGAGAUUAUGUUGUUAGUCUUACUGCUACAUGUGGUUGGUUAGGCAAAAAACCAGCUCAUUUCCCUAAGCCAAAAACAAAUCAUGAACCAACUUUAUUAGGACAGAAACUUCAUGUCCGUCCUGUACCUCUUGAUAUUCUUGAAGCUGCUGCAGCAAUGGCAAUAGGGGAUGCACCAGAUCCUGGUCAGUUACAGACCAAAGAAGAGGGCCUCAGUGCCCUUGAUAGUGUUGAAGCUGAUCUUAACAAAAGUUUAGGAAAUAAAGAAAAGAAGAGAAAUAAAUUGGAAAUUUGGGAAAAUGAUGAAAUUGAUGAAAUAACCAUGGAAGGAGUUAUUGUUGAGUUGUAUUCAAAUGUUGGAAGACUCCAAGGAGGUGAUGGAAAGCAACACUUUUUUUCCCGAGAAAACAGUUACCUGUAUGGAGUUUGUCUUAACUAUGUAGAGUUAUGGCACGUUCUCGUUCAAGAUGAAAUUGUUUCCUAUAAACUUACUGAAGUGAGCACUGGAGAAUCAAAAAUUAGCAAAAUGUGGAUUGGUCCAGAGAAUGUUGCAGUGGAUGAAGCUGUUGUGCAUAUAAACGAGUGGUGUAACAAGUACUCUGUUCCUGAUGGAGCUAAGGAACUCUUGAUUCAUCAGCUUGAAUUGUCCCAAGAUAGCAGUGAGAAGGAGAAAAAUAGCAGUGAAAAGGAGAAAAAAGUUACUUAACAUUAAAAAGGUAGCCAUUAUGAAAAUAUUUUAAUUUAAAGGUAACAUUAUAUACAGACUUGACUGUUUCAUUUAAACUGUUAAAUCACUCAUAAUAGACUUGUAUAACUGGAGAAAAAAUUUAAUUGCCAACAGGAAA